GUACGAUAUAAAAAGAUUGCUUUCGCUUUCACUUCCACCCAACAUACCAUACCACCCACCACGUUAACUCACUCACCCUCCCUCUGCAUAGCUGCUAUUAUAGCUUUAACAAAUACUUUAUAGCGUACAGUAUCACACAAUCUUACGUUACAGUAUCACACAAUCUUACGUAUACUUUUAUACCGAGAAGCUUGAUUAUAUUUAGUAUAAAAGCUUUUAGUUUGUGUUUAAUUUGUUUUCUUAUUCUUUCGUAGUUUGCAAAACAAAACGUACACCAUGUCGAAAGACGAAAUCAAAUGCUCUUUAAAGGGUGAAGCUUUAUUGGCGAAUCCUCGCUUGAACAAGGACACGGCUUUCACUGAAGAAGAACGUAUCAAAUAUGAACUUACCUCUCGUCUUCCUCCCGUUGUGGAGACCUUACAGGAACAGAUUGACAGAGCCUAUGAACAAUACAAAUCGUUCGGUGAUAGAGUAUUGGAAAAGAACUUUUAUUUGUCGCAAUUGAGUAUUCGAAACCAGACUUUAUUCUAUGCUUUGAUCAGCCAACAUCUAGUUGAAAUGAUCCCUAUUAUUUAUACACCAACGGAGGGAGAUGCUAUCAUGCAAUUCUCAGACGUUUAUCGUUACCCCGAGGGGUGCUUUUUGGACAUUGAUCACAAAGAUCCUCAAUACAUUAAGAAUCAACUGUCUGCCUUUGGAACAAAAGAUUCCAUCAAGUACAUCAUUCUUACCGACUCCGAGGGUAUUUUAGGUAUUGGUGAUCAAGGUGUAGGUGGCGUCUUGAUUUCUGUUGCCAAAGGCCAUUUAAUGACUUUGUGUGCUGGUCUUGAUCCCAAUUGCUUCCUACCCAUAGUAUUGGAUGUUGGAACCGACAACCAAAAACAUCGUUCCAAUCCUCAAUACAUGGGUCUUAAAAGGGACCGUGUGCGUGGUGAAGAAUAUGAUCAAUAUUUGAGUACUGUUCUCCGCUCUAUAAGAGAGGUUUUCCCUCACGCCUUUAUUCAUUUUGAAGAUUUUGGUUUGAAAAAUGCAAAGCGCAUUUUGGACGAAUACACCAAAGAGUUCGCUUGCUUCAACGAUGACAUCCAGGGUACCGGUGCUGUCGCUUUGGCUGCCAUUGUAGCCGCUCUCCAGGUUACGAAAUCUCCUUUGACUGAACAACGCAUUAUGAUCUUCGGUGCUGGUACUGCUGGUAUCGGUAUUGCCAAUCAAAUCACCAGUGCCUUGGUUGGAGAUGGCCUUUCUAAGCAACAAGCCAUCGAUCAUAUCUACUUGGUGGACCGCUAUGGUUUAUUAUUGGAAAAGCAUGCUGAUGUUGCUACAGAAGAUCAAAAACCUUUCCUGAAGAAAAACGAUAGUUUCCAAGACAUUAACGGUGAUGUUGACUUGGAAACUGCCAUCUCUCGCGUGAAGCCUACUAUCUUGUUGGGUUGCUCAGGUCAACCUGGUAAAUUUACCGAAAGAGCUAUGCGUGAAAUGGCUAAGCAUGUCGAACAGCCCAUUAUUUUCCCUAUCUCAAAUCCCACCAAGCUUAUGGAAGCUAAACCCGAUCAAAUUAACGAGUGGACAAAUGGUAAAGCACUCAUGGCCACCGGAUCACCUCUUCCCCCCAUCAAGCGUAACGGUAAGGAAUAUAUUAUUUCUCAAUGCAACAAUGCUCUUCUUUAUCCAGCUUUGGGAGUGGGUUGUGUAUUAUCCGGUUGCAAAUUUUUGACCGAUACUAUGAUGAAGGCUGCUUCCGAUGCCUUGGCAACCGUGCCAAAGAAUUUGUUCAAAUCGGAAGAGGCUUUACUUCCUGAUUUGAAUAAUGCUCGUGAAAUUUCCCGUCACAUUACGCUCGCUGUUUUGAAGCAAGCCAGAAAAGAAAACAUGAGUACUACUGAAUUCCCCACUGACGACAAGGAAUUGAGCGAAUGGAUUUUGAAGCACGAGUGGAAUCCUACUUACAAGAAAUUCGUAUAAACUGUCCGGCACCUUGUAUUCAGGUAACCGUACUUUGUUAAACAAGUUUACAUACGAUGAAAAAGUUGUCAUUUCAUGGGUACAACCCAUUUUUUGGAAUCUUAUGAGUUGAUUUUUACGCAAAUAUCAUUCCCUUUAUUUUACUACAUUAAGCAUAAAUGUCCAGUAAAUGUCUACUUAAAC